CUGCAAAUAAAGGGAGAGGAGGAGAAACGCUAGAAACCACAUGUGGCUGUUAGGAGCCAUAAUCCAGCUAUGGAGCGAGACAGAAUUGCUGGUGCGUGGGAUGGACAAAUGGAGUGCUCCCAUAAUCCCUCAAAAGCAUGCUGGCUUUUCUUCAGAAACUGAAGCCAAAAGGAGCUCAUGGGCUAUGUUUGACUCAGCCAAACAGCUGUAGAUACAGCAAAUGUCACUUCAUAUAAAUUUAAAAAGCAUAUUGUUUUAGUACACAAACAGCUGUCGGAGCAGGCUGAUCUGUGGGUUGUGCAUCUCAGUUUUAUUUGGAAGCAUAUGGCCUAACCUCCGAAAAAAAAAUGGCUCUGAAACGCUCAUUUGAAGUGGAGGAUGUGGACUCCUCCUCGCACUCUUCAUCACCUCACACACGCCGAGCACCAUCCAAUGUUCAGCGUUCAGCCAUGUCUCCGACCAGUGGACGGUAUUACGAACUGGGCUCCAAUGGUACCAAGCCCUCUGACACCUCAAGGCCCAAGGCAAGAACCCCUGAACCUGUGUCACGUAGGACAGAGCUAGGCUUUGACAUCUCAUCCAACAACAACGGCAAAGCUAUUGAAGGCUCUCCCAGUCCUGGCACGGCUCGGUUUGGGCUGAAGAGACCAGAUGUCUUGGGCCACAGUAAGACCCCUGAGAUGCAGAAGCACUCAGUCACCUUCAGCAAGACACUCGAGACCAUUGCCCCCAUCACACGUGCAGCAUCUACCAUUGUUCCUCAUGCCAGUGCUAAACUCCCAGAGACCACCUUCAGAAAGAGUGAGCCACCAAGCCCUGGGGAUGGAUCGGCAAGAAAGCAUGAAAUUGGUGUCACCAAAACAACAGACACCAGAGGUCAUGACAAUCUCCACCAUCCACUGGUUACAACAAGGUGUCCAUCGCCAAAUCAGGUCGGACGGAAAUCCCCUAGUUCUGAUGGGCAUAGGCCAGAGGUCAUUACAAGUAUUUACGGCAAUAUGGCAGACGUAGGAAAAACGCCUGUGGCACGGAGUGAGAAGACCAGCAGUGAUUUUGGCUAUGUGGGCAUUGAUGCCAUCUUGGAACAAAUGAGGAGGAAGGCCAUGAAGCAAGGCUUUGAGUUUAACAUCAUGGUAGUGGGUCAGAGUGGUCUGGGUAAAUCUACACUGAUGAACACACUUUUUAAGUCUAAAGUGAGUCGCAGAUCGGUGAUGACAACAGAGGAAGAGCGAAUUCCCAAGACCAUCGAAAUCAAGUCUAUCAGUCAUGAUAUUGAGGAAAAAGGAGUGAGAAUGAAGCUGACCGUCAUUGACACACCAGGCUUUGGAGACCAGAUAAACAAUGAGAACUGUUGGCAGCCCAUCAUGAAGUUCAUUAAUGCACAGUACGAACAGUAUUUACAGGAAGAGAUCAACAUCGACAGGAAGAAGAGGAUUCCAGACUCAAGAGUCCACUGCUGCAUAUACUUUAUUCCUCCUACUGGACACUGUUUGCGGCCAAUUGACAUUGAGUUUAUGAGACACCUAAGUAAAGUGGUGAACAUCGUUCCUGUUAUUGCCAAAGCAGACACACUGACCCUGGAGGAGAGAGACUUCUUCAAACAGAAGAUAAGAGAGGACUUGCGAGCCAAUGAAAUCGACAUCUAUCCUCAAAAGGAAUUUGAUGAGGAUGCAGAGGACCGAAUGAUUAAUGAGAAGAUCAGGGAGAUGAUCCCGUUUGCUGUGGUGGGAAGUGAUCAAGAAUAUCAGGUCAAUGGAAAAAGACUUCUGGGCAGGAAAACAAGAUGGGGGACAGUAGAAGUUGAGAACACAGCACACUGCGAGUUUGCCUAUUUGCGGGACCUGCUCAUCAGAACUCACAUGCAGAACAUCAAAGAUAUCACAAGCAGCAUCCAUUACGAGAUGUACCGCGUACGCAGACUCAAUGAGAACAACACACAAACAAACGGGCAGCAAGCAAUCCACACCAAUGGCAUACCUGAGCCUGAAGUCCUCUCCCACGAGAUGUAGAUGUCUGUCUAACCAUCCAACCAUCCAUCCAUCCAUCCAUACAUCCAUCAGUCCGUCCAUCUAUCUAUUUCUCCUUCAAUCUCUUAAUUUUCUAAAGUCUCUCCUUCAAUUCACUCUCCCUUCAUCAUUUUGUCACUGUGUUUGUUUUACACCAAAAAAAAAUAUUUCUGAACUGUGGAAUAUGAAUCUUUAAGUGUGUAGCAAAAUGUGAUGUUCUGUAAUGAGUUUUAUUAAAGAUGUUACAUGUCUUUCUCUCUCUCUCUCUCUCUCUCUCUCUCUCUCUCUCUCUCUCUCUCUCUCUCUCUAUCUCUCUCUCUCUCUCUCUCUCUCUAUGUUCUCAUUUAUGGUAACUGCUCAGAGAUCAGAAAUAAUGACAUCUGUCAAAAUGUCACAAUGCUUAAAGUUCUCUCACUUAAUCAUUACAAAUAACACAUUAAAGUGGUUAAAUUGCAAUUUGAUGAACAAAUACAUAUUGUAUGGCUAUUUGGUAUAAAAAAGGAGGGGCUCUGCAGCAUAAAAUUCCAAAUAAAUCAUGUUUUUGACUAUUUGGAAAUAUAAUGGAUCAAAGACAAGUGGAAAGGGAUCUAAAUAUUACUGGACUUCUGACUGUACAUUCACACACUUUUAGACAAGAGGUUUGAUCUUGAUUAAAGCAUUGUAUGAAUAACAUUUUAGUUGAGUGUAAACAUAAUUCAAUUUUAGUAACCCCUUUUUUGUAGUGACUCUGCCCUGUGUUGUAUCUUUACUAGUCUAUAAAAUUCUAUUGUGCUUUGUGCCAUGUUUGCAUUUGUUUUGUUUUUUUUAAGGCUUAGUUUGUUUAUUUUGUAAUUUUAAUUAUUGUUGUGCUGUUUAAUUGUAAAGACUUUGACAUACUUAUGUGAAAUUAAAUGUUCUUUUUGUUUUUAAGAAAGGCAAGCAUUUUUAAGUUGUAAAGAGUUAUGUAUUUAUAUACAGCAUAAUUUACCCGGAUAUAAUAGUGUGGCUUUUGUAGGUCAAAUGUUCAUAUUUCCAAAAUUGCACCACAGUGACCCAAAUCACCUGUACUUGUGUUUUGUUUUUUGUUUUUCUUUUGCAUCUGUCAGUAUUCAGUAAAGCAAGUCCUGAGCCAUUCUA